AUGGGCGGCUGCAUGGGUUACGUGGCCUCGAAGGCCGGUGUCUUACAGCUCAUGAAAACGCUUGCGACCGUCCUGGCGCCCACAGGCAUCAGAUUUAACUCUAUUGCUCCUGGCAACGUGCCCCAGGGCAGGGCUGGGGAUGUGCGGGACAUGGCAGGGGCCACGCUGUUUCUCUGCGGUCGGGGCGGCUUCUACUGCAACGGCGCUCUCAUCGCCGAGAACGAGCCCGUUUUCCAAGAAGCCCUUAACAUCUUCAAGCAGGAAACUGACGCCCGCGAGAGAUCAUGGCUGUCAAAGAAAUACAAGAGGAAUCAGGUGAAGCCGCCCGAGUCGCUCAGUGCAUUCAUCGAGUUCUUAUACGAUGCCGAUAAGAGGGUAUCCAACAGCCCCUUCCUCGGAAUUAUGAAGUUUGUUCUCAAAGCUAUCGCCAAUCACAACGACCUGAUCGAAAAAGUCGCCAAUGAUCUCAUCAUAAUCGUCAACGAGAUCGAGUCUGCCAACUAG